CCUCUCAUUUUGAUUAGACAUCACAAAACAAGUAACUUCAACAGUUAAUUUUUUAUUUCCAGUUAUUCAUAUUUGGAUGAUAAUUAAUCUGGCCUGUUUCUCUGAUGAAUUCCUUUGUUGUUUUGGCAAUCUGUUUAGUGUCAUCUUGCUGUAAAUCUAGGGCUAUUCCACUCAGUUUGUUUACAACUUUCUUUAAAUUGGCAGACACCAUUUUUUGUUGGACCUGCUGCUGUCCUCAUUUGGUGCAUACUUUAUAUAUAUACACCUGCUGAACAGUUCAAGUUCAAAUGGGACGUCAAGGCAGUCAAUAUUCAUUGUUGGAAAUACCAGAUACAGUUUACAUCAAGUAUUAGUACAGUAUGUAGUAUUGAGUUCCUUUGUACUGUCAGAUUUUUCCAAUUAAAAAAAUGUUGAGCCUGUCCCGUAAGAACAUAGGUAGGUAGAGUAGCUAAAAUUUUUACUCAGGUAAGAAUAAAUUUACUUCAAAAUAACAUUAUUUUUUUCUCCAUUAUUUAUUAUUAUUAUUAUUAUUUAAAAUAAAUAAAUAAAUAAAAGUAGCCACCCCAAAAAUUUAUUCAAGUACAAGUAAGAACGUAAUUGUCGAAAAGAAUAGUAAUGAGUGACUGCUUACAAAGGCAGAUUUUUUUAAGCAAUGGUAUAUUUUUUUCUUAGCACAAUGUCAUCUACAGCAUAUGAACUGUUAUUAUACUGUACUAUAACCUUUUACAUAACCAUAUUAAGCCUAAAUAAAUACAUAAAUAUCAUCCAAUUCCAACUAGAAAAAUCUACUGAAAUGAAACACCACCCGUCCAAAGAGCAUGUGUUCCCUCUAGUGGAUAAAACAUAUUUCCUACCGUGCAAUUAUAACGAUCUUAUCUGCGGUUGUCUGUUGUCUAUCGGUGCCAAAUAAAAACUGGGAGAGUAGAUGAAGGCACGUUUUUGAGUAAUGUUGAUGGCAGUGCUCUAUGUGAAAUCGUUUACUUUUCACUUUGCUUUAAAGUAGAGCUGUCAAACGAUUAAAAUUUUUAAUCGAGUUAAUCACAGCUUAAAAAUUAAUUAAUCGUAAUUAAUCGCAAUUCAAAUCAUCUAUAAAAUAUGCCAUAUUUUUCUGUAAAUUAUUGUGGGAAUGGAAAGAUAAGACACAAGACGGAUAUAUACAUUCAACAUACUGUACAUAAGUACUGUAUUUGUUUAUUAUAACAAUAAAUCAACAAGAUGGCAUUAACAUUCUGUUGAAGCCAGGGGUCGUGUUAACCGAAUAUUUUCCGUCAUUGACCGGUUUUUUAAAACGGUGACGGAAAAAACUGAAGUCCAUCUGUCAUUUUGACAGGUUGCAAUUCACACCCCAGACCACAGGGUGGCGAGUGAGCAUAUUAAUUAGCUAUUGUCUCUCUUGAUGCAUGACGUCGUUGGCUUUACUCGGAAAAAUGUCAAGGCAACUGAGUGUCCGAAGUUUCUUCAAAAAGCCCCAAAACGACGAUGGUGUUGAUAAAAGAGGUGAAAAAAGAGGGACUGAUGCAGUGGAGGAUGAAGGAUGACAACGAAUCAAGGGCCAUCGAUGUGGAGGUCUGUCAAAAUAAAAAAUCCAUUAAUAAUCUCAAAGUGACGUCCAAGUAUUCUUCAGGACCAGAGCAUGACAGAAAUAUAGAUGUAGAAAUUGAAGAGAAUGAAAAUUUCAACUGUUAUCUUUAUCCGACAAAUCUACUCAACUGCUCGUGGACAUUCCCCUUGCUUAAAGAUGCUCAGCUCUUUGUCUAUAUCAGCAUUUGUGAUAAUAACAGCACAGUUCACUACCUUAGUCUUUCAUCUGAAGAACAUUCUGGAUCAACAUCCAUUGCCCUGAGGGAGUAUGAGAUGCUGUAUGUUAUCGUCCAAUUUAAUGUAUCCUGGGACCAUAUGUGGAUUGUGUACAGCUAUGUGUACGACACUGAAAUGAUGGAGGUUUUGCCUCCACCUGUAAACAUCGCGGCAUCAGUUGUGGAUGAAGGCCUAAUGGUAAGCUGGGAUCCGCCCCGAGAUCGUUCUAAUUCCAACUCCCGAUGCUUUGAAUACCAGUUGGAUGUGGGAAACCAGGAAAAAAAACAAAUCCGGGCGAGGCAGGUCACAAUUCCCAAUGUAGAUCCUGCAUGUACCUAUAGGGCAAGGGUCAGAGCCAGGAAAAUAUCUGCUGCUUGUUUGGGAUCAGAAUUAUGGAGCGACUGGAGUAAUACUGUCACAAUAGAACCUUUAAUUCGCACACUGAAUAUUAUGGUGAUUGUCUCAAUUGCACUUGGAGUACCCAUGAUCCUCCUGACUCUGUUGUUGCUGGUCCGCAAUCAGAGGGUUAAACAGGUUCUGCAUCCCACAAUUCCAUGCCCUGCAUUAAAGUACAAAUAUUUCCUGGAAGAAGAAAACAUACUCAAUUUCUAUCGUCCUACUCCAUCUAUGAAGUAUGAGGAGGAGAUCACAGUAGUGGAGGAUACAGGGAAACCGUUUACAAAAUAGUCAUGAUGGCAAUGAUUAAGGGUAAAGAAUUAUACACACACAGAAUCAUUAGGGUCACAAAUAAGUUUGAGCUGAGUAUCCAAUCACAGGGCACUAGGGCUGCAGCUAUCAAAUAUUUUAGUAAUCCAAUAUUCUCCUGAAAAUUCCAUCGAUUAAUCAAGUAAUCGGAUGAAACAUUGUUUUUAGGUAAAGUGCAAUUAUAAAUAUACAUGGGAAAAGAUAUACAUUGUUAAAAACAGCCAACAAUUGCAUCUCAGAUGUGAGUAGAGAGAAAGAAAAAAAAAAGAAAAAAAAAUCAGCGCUGUUUUGCCUUGCUGUGCGAUUGCUGUCAACUUAGAAUAAAUUGUCAACUUGUGUUUUGAAGCCUUUUUCCUGCUUAUAAUAUGUAGUCAGUACAAGGGGUUACAACUAAGGUGAACGCGUGGAGUUUGGCCUUUUGGCCGUGUUGUUGUUGUUUUUUUUUCUAUCAGAAGUGACAUUUCUGAUUUGUAGACAAAGGAAAUAAAAUGAUUAUGCUAUCCAUAAAAGCAUAGUGCAAAUAUUUUUUUGAACAAUAAAACAAUCAGACGUGUCAUAA